AUGAUGAUGGCCAGUGCAAAAUUGGUUCGGGACUGUAGUUCAGACUUGAGUUCGGAUGUACGCUCUCUUUCUGUAGAGUCUUCUACCGAGGAACAAGAUUCUACUACAACGGAGUCGGAGUAUUCUGAAGAAGAGAAGGAAUAUGAAUUAGAUGAUUUACAAAUUCUGAAAACAAUUGGUACUGGAACAUUUGGUCGCGUUUGCUUGUGCAGAGACAAAGCGGCGGACGAGUACCUGGCUAUGAAGAUAUUGUCUAUGGCUGAUGUCAUACGUUUAAAACAGGUCGAUCAUGUCAUGAACGAGAAGAAUAUAUUAUCAGAGAUUAAUCACCCUUUUGUCGUUAACCUACGGUGGUGGACACAUGACGAGUCGUGCAUAUAUAUGCUUUUCGACUAUGUGUGUGGAGGCGAGCUUUUUUCAUAUUUAAGAAAUGCUGGCCGGUUUAGUAACAAUAUAGCAAAUUUCUAUGCAGCUGAGAUAGUGUCAGCGCUAGAAUACCUUCACGCCCGCAACAUCGUGUACAGAGACUUGAAGCCCGAAAACUUACUUCUAGCAAAAGAUGGACACUUGAAGAUUACAGACUUUGGUUUCGCGAAAAAGCUCACGGAUCGUACAUGGACCUUGUGUGGAACGCCAGAAUACCUAGCCCCAGAAAUUAUACAGAGCAAAGGGCACAAUAAAGCUGUAGACUGGUGGGCUUUAGGCGUGCUUAUUUACGAGAUGUUGGUCGGUUAUCCCCCGUUCUACGACGACAAUCCCUUUGGAAUAUAUGAGAAGAUACUUAAUGGCAGAGUUGACUGGCCGCGCCACCUCGACCCGGUUGCCAAGGAUAUCAUAAAGAAACUGUUAGUGCAAGACAGGACGAAAAGACUCGGAAAUAUGAAGUGUGGCUCGGAAGAUGUGAAACGACAUCGAUGGUUCAAACAUUUGGACUGGGCUGAUGUUUACUUGAAGAAGUUACAGCCGCCCAUUGUACCAGCCGUGUCAUAUGAAGGCGAUACUUCAAACUUCGACGAAUACCCCGAAACAGACUGGAAAGCCGUGAGAUCGCUGGAUCCAGAUGAGUUAAAACUAUUCGUGAAUUUCUGA